CAGGAUGAACUCGACGCUCCACCAUGGGAUGCACACUUCCCUCCACUUCUGGAACCGCAGCACCUACAGACAGCACGCCAAUGCCAGUGAGUCCCUUGGAAAAGGCUACUCUGAUGGAGGGUGCUAUGAGCAACUUUUUGUCUCUCCUGAGGUGUUUGUGACUCUGGGUGUCAUAAGCUUGUUGGAGAAUAUUCUGGUGAUUGUGGCAAUAGCCAAGAACAAGAAUCUGCAUUCACCCAUGUACUUUUUCAUCUGUAGCCUGGCUGUGGCUGAUAUGUUGGUGAGCGUUUCGAACGGCUCAGAAACCAUUGUCAUCACCCUGUUAAACAGUACGGAUACGGACACGCAGAGUUUCACAGUUAAUAUUGAUAAUGUCAUUGACUCGGUGAUCUGUAGCUCCUUGCUUGCAUCGAUUUGCAGCCUGCUUUCAAUUGCAGUGGACAGGUACUUUACUAUCUUUUAUGCUCUCCAGUACCAUAACAUCAUGACGGUUAGGCGGGUUGGGAUCAUCAUAAGUUGUAUCUGGGCAGCUUGCACGGUUUCGGGCAUUCUGUUCAUCAUUUACUCGGACAGUAGUGCUGUGAUCAUCUGCCUCAUCACCAUGUUCUUCACCAUGCUGGCUCUCAUGGCUUCUCUCUAUGUCCACAUGUUCCUCAUGGCCAGACUGCACAUUAAGAGAAUCGCGGUCCUCCCAGGCACUGGCACCAUCCGCCAAGGUGCCAACAUGAAGGGUGCGAUUACCUUGACCAUACUGAUCGGGGUCUUUGUUGUCUGCUGGGCCCCAUUCUUCCUCCACUUAAUAUUCUACAUCUCUUGUCCCCAGAAUCCAUACUGUGUGUGUUUCAUGUCUCACUUUAACUUGUAUCUCAUCCUGAUCAUGUGUAAUUCCAUCAUCGACCCUCUAAUUUAUGCACUCCGGAGCCAAGAACUGAGGAAGACCUUCAAAGAGAUCAUCUGUUGCUAUCCCCUAGGCGGCCUUUGUGACUUGUCUAGCAGAUAUUAA